CAAGCACCGGAGCGGGACUCGGGGGCCAUGGCGCCGGCUGGCCUCAAGGCGGUAGUGGGCGAGAGCUGUCAGAAGUUGCUGGCAUGGGAGCUUCCCACAUGAGUUGUUUGUUCCAUAUGAGUCUAUUGGACAAACACUUUAGCCGAGCAGUUUGUGUUCUAGCCACAGAAAUCCUGAAUGAUGUCAUCCGUAGCAUGAAGAAAGAUGGAGAAUGGAAGGUACUCAUAAUGGAUCAUCCCAGCACACGUAUUGUCUCAUCCUGCUUUAAGAUGUCAGACCUUCUGGCUGAAGGAAUCACAAUUAUCGAAGAUAUUAACAAACGCCGAGAGCCCCUCCCCAGCCUAGAAGCCAUCUAUUUGCUCAGCCCCAUUGAGACGUCAGUGCAGGCUCUGAUAAAUGACUUCAAAGGCAGCCCCACCUUCUCAUACAAGGCCGCUCACGUCUUCUUCACUGACACCUGCCCCGAGAACCUCUUUAAUGAACUAGGCAAGUCCCGAAUCAUCAAAGCCAUCAAAACUCUUAAGGAAAUCAAUGUUGCUUUCCUUCCCUAUGAGUCACAGGUGUACUCCUUGGACAAUCCCCAGAGUUUCCACAAUCUCUUUAGCCCGUACUGCAGAGAAGAUAAGAACAAUCAGUUAGAAAGAAUGGCAGAACAAAUCGCCACGUUAUGUGACACUCUCAAGGAGUACCCCUCGAUUCGCUACAGAAAUGGCUCUGAAGAUUGCUGUCUGUUGGCCCAUGCAGUGUUGGCAAAGCUGAACGCCUUCAAAGCAGACAACCCCACCAUGGGAGAGGGCCCUGACAAAUCUCGCUCUCAGCUCCUGAUUGUGGAUCGAAGUUAUGAUGUCGUGUCUCCACUUCUGCAUGAACUCACCUUCCAGGCCAUGGCCUACGACCUGCUUAACAUUGAGCAGGACACUUACAGAUAUGAAUCUACAGGUAUCAGCGAUGCACGGGAAAAAGUGGUACUUCUGGAUGAGGACGAUGACCUCUGGAUGCAGCUGCGCCACAUGCACAUUGCUGAUGUGUCCAAGAAAGUGACUGAGCUCCUACGUACUUUUUGUGAGAGCAAAAGACUCACCACAGACAAGGCCAAUAUCAAAGACUUAUCACAGAUCCUGAAGAAAAUGCCCCAAUAUCAGAAAGAGCUUCACAAGUAUUCCACACAUCUGCACCUUGCAGAGGACUGUAUGAAUAACUUCAAGGGCACUGUGGAGAAGCUGUGCGGUGUGGAGCAGGACCUGGCCACGGGUGCAGAUGUGGAUGGAGAGAAAGUCAAAAAUCCUAUGAAGAUUAUUGUGCCGAUUGUCCUGGAUGCCAAUGUGCCAGCAUUUGACAAAAUUCGCAUUAUCCUGCUUUGCGUCUUUCUCCAGAAUGGCAUCAAUGAGGAGAACCUUAUGAAGCUCAUCCAGCAUGCCAACAUACAGCACGAGAGAGAUGUCCUCUACAAUAUGCACUGCCUGGGUGCCCCCAUCAUGCCAGAGGACAGUGGACAAAUGAAACCUGUGAGGAAAGUGAGAUUGGAAUCUACCUACCAGCUCUCUCGAUGGACCCCCAUUCUAAAGGAUGUCAUGGAGGAUGCCAUUGACGACAAGUUGGACAAGAAGUUGUGGCCUUAUGUCUCUUGCCCUGCUCCAGGCCCCUGCUCUCAAACUGCUGUGAGUGCUCGCUUUGGUCAUUGGCACAAGACCAAGACAGCAACUGAGUACCGGACAGGUCCCCGCCUCAUUAUUUACGUGCUGGGAGGAGUAACCAUGUCAGAGAUGCGCUGUGCCUAUGAAGUCACAGAGGCCACUGAUGGCAAGUGGGAGGUGCUGAUUGGCUCAUCCCACAUCCUGACUCCCAAGCAGUUCCUGGAAGAUGUGCGCAACCUGACUGAGCAGACCCCAUUGAAGUCCUAAGAGGAGCCCUGGCUUCUGAGAGACUUACUGACAGCCUCUCUAUCUAUUUAUCAGCUGGGAUAAAGUUGUUCUUAACCAGAUACCCACUCAUGUGCACCCAUCUCUGCUUCUGUCCUUUUAAGACUGGGCCUCCGCUUGGUGCCGCCUUCAUGAAUGUGCUUGACAUGGGAGGAUCUGGUUCAAGAUCCAGGCGAAAGACUGGUCCAGCUACCUGUUACAGGUUCUUUGUCUCUUACUGUGAUGAAGUUUCUGGUUGCACUUUAUCUUCCGUUGCCCUCUGCCCCCCGAAAUAGGGGAAAGGAGGAGCAGCUGCAUACUUGAUGAAGCCUCUGUCCCUCAACUGAGGCAACUGUCAGCUCCCUUAAGGGAACUUCCAGGGAAAGAUCUGCUUUGAUAACUUCUUGUCACUGUUUUGUGGUUGUCUGGGCCCCGCCAAGAUUCUGAUCUCCCCCCCCCCC